UACCCCCAUCGAAACUUGUUUCUCAUGCAAAGCCUCUGGUCACCACUCACCAUGCAAUCUUUUACGUGUCACCCUUUUGAACCUCCUCACUUCUUUAUAAAACUAACUCCAUUUCUCUUCUCUUAAACCCAUCUUUCUCUCCUCCCUUCCAAUUAUCUUCAUCAUCUCCUUAAUACUUAUCUUCUUCUUCUUCUUCUUCUCCAUUAUCCUCAAUGGCCGAACGUGAUCGUGACCGUCCACAGCCACACCAGCUUCAGGUGCACCCACAGCACCGUUAUGAUCAUCAUGGAGCUGGUGUCAAGUCACUUAUGCCGAGACGCGGGCCUUCAGCCAGCCAAGUUCUAGCGGUGGUCGCGCUCCUACCCGUGGGUGGCACCUUGCUUGCCUUAGCUGGUUUGACUCUGGCUGGUUCUAUCAUUGGGCUUAUGGUCACUACACCGCUGUUUAUAAUAUUCAGCCCAGUUAUCGUCCCGGCGGCUAUUGCUAUCGGGCUUGCAGUGGCGGGCUUUUUCACUUCCGGGGCUUUUGGGUUGACGGGUUUGACUUCAUUCUCAUGGAUCUUGAACAGCUUCCGCCAGUCCACGGGGUCGGUACCGGAUAUGGCGGACCAGGCAAAGCGACGCAUGGCCGACAUGGCAGGUUUUGUGGGCCAGAAGACCAAGGAAGUGGGCCAGGAGAUCCAGAGCAAGGCCCAUGAAGUAGGGAAGACUGGGACGGGAAGGACAUGAGUUUUGAGUUUGAGUUGAGGCUUGAGGAGAUGGAAGUGAAGGAAUAACGAAUGUGCGGUUCUUGUUUGGGGUUUUUAAUGUAAUGUCUUUAGUUUUCUGGUGUAAGUUUGUGUGUGUAGCCAUAGGUUUCUAUCAAUGUAGGCAUUUGAUUUUGUGUACU